AUGAUGGUGAAAUAAAGCUUGAAUUACCUAAGGAAAAGAAUCAUGCAGGAGGAAUUAAAAAUCCAUAUACAGCAUCUGAUACAAGUUUUAUACUACCUGAUACUUUAGAAAAUAUUUAUAUUCCUGUUGCAAAUAUAUAA